AGAUUGUCGGAUCCCAUAAAGUAACUCUCUGGCUCUUCUUUGAAAAAGCUUAUAAUUGCUUCCGUUUUGUUUGGUGACGAUGGUCCAGAGCCAGACGCAGUGCAAUCACCACCUGGCUUUCCUUUCCUGUGAUCUGACUGGCGUUACCAACCCUUACACUCCCUGCAAAAGGUUCAUCUUCCUCUUCAAUAUUGCCAUGCCAUGAAUUAUUUUCAAUGAAUCAUCAUCCUAUUCUUUGCUAAUGCUUGAGAUUGAAUGAUUGUUUCUCACUUUUAUUUUAUUUUUCUUCUAAAUACAUGAAUGAAAUUGCCCAACUAUUACCAUUCCUAUGAGAUUUUCGCUAUCCAUAUUCAUGAAAAUGUAGAUUCCUUCUGGGAAGUAUUUAUGUUUGCAUAAAGCAACUAGCUAAGUCAACUCAGCCAAAAUAGUGCAUUUAGCUUCUUCAAAUCCUUAGCUUUAGGUGCAUUUAGCUUUACACAUCUUACCUGUACAUUCCCAGAGCCAUCAAUUGGAAAACAAUCACACUGAGAGAUGGAAUUCAGAGUUUUUCUCAUUGAACAAAAUCUUCAAAUUAAGUGUUAAAGUGAAAAGCUCUGCGAGGAUUCUCUACUUAUAUAUAAUCAAAGUAUGAACACCUGAGUUUGACUCAUAUGUCGUGUUCCUAAUUUGUACAAGGGUUUUCAUAUAGUGUAGAUGUUAGCAUCCAAAAGAGAUUUGAUUUUGUUUGAACGGUCUUCUGUGGUACUAGUGUGAAUGGACAUUUUAUUCAGCAUUAUCAGGAGACAAAGCAUUGCCUUUGUGUCAACUGCAGGUAACCAUUACAAUAUUUUCUACAAACUGCAGGCCCAAGUCUUUUCUUUUCCUGCAGUGAUUUAUUAUAAUUAUGUCUUCUGGUUUUGCUCACCUUUUGAAACAGUACAAAAUCAAUUUACUGUUGCUCCUGCCAUAAAUUUCUAGAUGCGGAAGUGAUCCAAAAAUUGUGGGCCAAGGUGAGCUCUUCCCUUCAUUUUCGGUUUUAGGUAUUGGAUGCUGCCAACGGGAGUGGCGAUGCCAUACUUAAAAAGGAAGAGACUCAUGUCCACUUUCCAUUCACUCACACAUUUUUUCAUUUUUAGAGUCGAUCAUCUUCAUCCAAGCUAGAGUGCAUUGAUGCAAUGAUUGUUGAUGUUAUUGAUCUCUUAUCUAAGCCAUUUCCUAGCAUCAAUGUUCAUCCACAGUUGGCUCAGUCGUUUAUAGGCCAGGAUGAGCUUGCAUUGGCUAAGGAGGGACUCCGGAAGAUAUUUGAUUGUGGGUUAAAGGCUCUAGCUGAUCCCAAAGUGCAAGAGAGUUUCUCCUUUACUCAGCCACACUGCUAUCAGCUGAGUCAUGCCCCUCAGAAUUGAAGGUUAACCUUUCAUCACUCAGGUGCAAUCUUUCCAAGGAAACGGCUGCUUUCGUCAAAGCUCCAGAUGAGUUGAAGGUGGCCUCCGACUUAUCAGCCUCAAUCACUUAGAAGAUGUUUGUGGUGCGGGCGUGCGGCAACAAAAUUCAAAGUAUGAUGAGGUGAAGAAAGAAAUUCUCGCCUCGGACGAGAAAGUUGCCAUGAUCAAAGAGUUGGAAGCACAAAUAAAAAGGUUGGAAGCUUAUUUAGCCACAGAAGAGAGCAACAGGGCAAAGAUUGAUGAGGCUAUCGAUUCCAUCGAGAAACAAGUCACCACCACGAGAGAUGGAUUGGUCUCGGACUUGGCACAAGUGUCUUCCAUGGAAGGAUCGACCCAAGCAGCUAACGAGUUAGUAGCUCAAAAACAGUCGGACUGGGAUAACCUAAAGCUUAAUUUUACUAAGUUUGCAUGAUGCACUUGGCCUAAUUAAGCUGUUGUUUGUAUUUUGGUGGGAUAACCACAAGUGUCUACAUGAAUUCCAUUUAGUAAUCACCUUGUUUGGGUUUAGUGGAACUCCAUUUAUUAGUGCACGUUCCAACUUCCAUCUCUUUCAAAUUUCAAUGCAUCGGAAAAAAAAAAGCCUUCAGAAUCUAAGUGGUCACCUCACAAUAACGAAAGCAGCUUUCAAUAUAGUCUGUCAAAGCGCGUCAAACAGAUGGUUGUGCUUCUGAGUUCUGAUUAUUGACAAGCAUGAAUAUAAGAAGACACAGCUUGCAAACAAAGGUAUACUUUGCAUGCAAACAAAGGUAUACUUUCCUUGCAAACAAAUUUAUACUUUGUAACUUUGUUCACCAUCAGACAAAGUUCAAGUGUGAUUCUAUAAUUUGGCCACUUUGAUUUCCUUCAAACCUCCAGAACAGCAAGGUAAACUGCAACUUGGCCAUGAGCCAGAAGCAGUGCGAUCAUCACUCGGCUUUUUUGUGCUGUGAUCUCACUGGCGUUCCCAGCCAUGACAUUCAUUGCAAAAGAUGUCAGCGUCCCAAGGAGAAUUGGUUUUGUUUGUCCUGUAAGGACGUCUUCUGUAGUGUUAACCGACAUGUUUCUGAGCAUUAUAAUCAGACAAAGCAUUGUCUUUUUGUAUACUGCAGUAAUAAAUCAACUUGGUGUUGCUCCUGCAAAAAAUAUCUAGAUGCGGAAGUCAUCAAACAAUUGUGGGCCAAUAAGCAGAGUCGAUCAUCUUCAGCCAAGCUCGAGAGCAUUGAUGCAAAGGUUGUUGAUGUUACUGAUCUCUUGUCCAAGCCAUUUCCUACCAUCAAUGUUCAUCCACAGUUGGAUGUUCCGUUGUCUGUUGGCCAGGACGAGCUUGCCUUGGCUAAGGAGGGACUCCGGAAUGUCUUUGAUCGCGGUUUAAAAGCUCUAGCUGAUUCCAAGGUGCAAGAAGAAUUUCUCCUUUACUCAGCCACGCUGCUAUCAGCCGAGUCAUGCCCAUCAGAGUUGAAGGUUAACCUUUCAUCAUUCAGAUGUAAUCUUUCGGAAGAAACCUCUGCUUUCAUUAAAGCUCAAGAUGAGUUGAAGGUGGCCUCAGAGUUAUCAGCCUCGAUUACCCAGAAGUUGUUUGUGGUGAGGCAACAAACUUCGAAGUAUGAUGAGGUAAAGAAAGAAAUGAUUGCCUCGGACGAGAAAGUUGCCAAGUAUAAGUCCACGAUCAAAGAGUUGGAAGCUUGUUUAGCCACAGAAGUAAGCAACAGGAAAAAGAUUGAUGAGGUUAUCGAUUCGAUCGAGACACAAAUCACCAUAGCGAGAGAUGGACUGGUCCCGGACUUGGCACAAGCGUCUUCCAUGGAGGGAAGGACCCAAGCAGCUUACCAGUUAUUAACUCGAAAACAGUCGCACUGGGAUAACCUAAAGAUUAUGUUUACUAGGUUUGCAAUUGCAAACGCCACCAUGAGUCGACAUCCUAGUGUGAAGUGGGCUCAGCAGCCUGAUACGCUUUACAUCACUAUUGAGUUGCCUGAUGCCCAGGAUGUAAAGCUUACACUGGAGCCUGAAGGAAAGUUUCUAUUCUCUGCUACAGCUGGAGCAGAAAAGACACCCUAUGUAGUUGAUCUUGAUCUCUAUGACAAGAUUGAUGUAAAUGAGAGUAGGUAUAGUGUUGGCUCGAGAAACAUCUUUCACCUAGUGAAAAAAGCUGAAAAUAAAUGGUGGAGCAGAUUGAUAAAACAAGAAGGAAAAGCUCCUGGGUUCUUGAAAGUUGAUUGGGAUAAUUGGGGAGAUGAGCAGGCGGGGAUCUAGAUAGAAGCCCGGGUGGGCAAAAAAAACCUAUAUAUUUUUUUUUGUCAAUGCUGUUUCCCCAAACUAUACUAUUGGCCAUAUUGAAAUAAGUAAUUCUAAUAAAUUUGAUUAUUGAAAAUGUGAUGAUA